AUGAAUGAAAAUAAUGAUAUUGAAAAUAAUAAGAAGGCUUAUGUAGAUCCUAAGAUGUACAAUAAGUUUAAAAAUGAUGGAUCUUUCUUACAGCAGGUUCUAGCGAUGCAGAAGAAAAAGAAAACCCGAAAAUUUAAAGAAGACGAGGGUAACAAUUCUAAGAAAAAAAAAUUAAAAAAUAAAGAAAAUAUAAAUGAUAAUGAUAAGGAGAAAAUCAAUUCCUUAGAUGGAAACAUAGAAGAUGAAAGAGAAAUAAAAAUAAAAAAUGAGUACAUUGAACAAAUCAACAAAAUGAAAGAGCAAGGAUUCUUUACGGACAAGGGAAUAGGAGCUGGGCUAGUUAAAUAA